GCGCGUUUUAUUGCGACCUGCCGGUGGGAACUUUGUCUCCGAGUCGGAGCAGCAUGGAGCGGCGGAGCGAGAGUCCAUGUCUGCGGGACAGCCCCGACCGGCGGAGUGGCAGCCCCGAAGUCAAGGGGCCUCCCCCGGUGAAGGUGGCCCGGCUGGAGCAGAACGGCAGCCCCAUGGGAGCCCGCGGGAGGCCCAACGGCGCGGUGGCCAAGGCCGUGGGAGGUUUGAUGAUUCCCGUCUUCUGUGUGGUGGAGCAGUUGGACAGCUCUCUAGAAUAUGACAACAGAGAAGAGCAUGCCGAGUUUGUCCUGGUUCGGAAGGACGUGCUUUUCAGCCAGCUGGUGGAGACGGCGCUCCUGGCCCUGGGGUAUUCCCACAGCUCCGCCGCUCAGGCUCAAGGAAUAAUCAAGCUGGGGAGGUGGAACCCUCUCCCUCUCAGUUACGUGACAGAUGCACCCGACGCGACUGUGGCCGACAUGCUCCAAGAUGUCUAUCAUGUCGUGACGUUGAAGAUCCAGUUACAAAGCUGUUCGAAAUUAGAAGACUUGCCUGCGGAGCAAUGGAACCAUGCCACUGUUCGCAAUGCCUUAAAGGAACUGCUCAAAGAGAUGAACCAGAGCACAUUAGCCAAAGAAUGCCCUCUCUCCCAGAGUAUGAUUUCAUCCAUUGUAAAUAGCACAUACUAUGCCAAUGUGUCAGCAACCAAGUGCCAGGAGUUUGGGAGAUGGUAUAAGAAGUACAAGAAGAUUAAAGUGGAAAGAGUGGAACGAGAAAACCUAUCAGACUAUUGUGUUCUGGGCCAGCGUCCAAUGCAUUUACCAAAUAUGAACCAGCUGGCAUCCCUGGGGAAAACCAACGAACAGUCUCCUCAUAGCCAAAUUCACCACAGUACUCCAAUCCGAAACCAAGUGCCCGCAUUACAGCCCAUCAUGAGCCCCGGUCUUCUUUCUCCCCAGCUCAGUCCACAGCUUGUCAGGCAACAAAUAGCCAUGGCUCACCUGAUAAACCAACAGAUUGCCGUCAGCCGGCUCCUGGCUCACCAGCACCCUCAAGCCAUCAACCAGCAGUUCCUGAACCACCCACCCAUUCCCCGAGCAGUUAAGCCAGAGCCAACCAACUCAUCUGUGGAAGUCUCUCCGGAUAUCUACCAGCAAGUCAGAGAUGAGCUGAAGCGCGCUAGUGUGUCCCAAGCUGUCUUUGCAAGAGUGGCAUUCAACCGCACACAGGGACUGUUGUCUGAGAUUCUGCGUAAGGAAGAAGACCCCCGGACGGCCUCUCAGUCUCUUUUAGUAAACCUGAGGGCUAUGCAGAAUUUUCUCAAUCUGCCCGAAGUGGAGCGGGACCGCAUUUACCAGGAUGAGCGAGAGCGGAGCAUGAACCCCAAUGUGAGCAUGGUCUCGUCGGCCUCUAGCAGUCCCAGCUCCUCCCGAACCCCCCAGGCCAAAACCUCGACACCGACAACAGACCUCCCCAUUAAGGUGGACGGCGCCAACGUCAACAUCACAGCUGCCAUUUAUGACGAGAUCCAACAGGAGAUGAAAAGAGCCAAGGUGUCUCAAGCCCUGUUCGCCAAAGUGGCCGCAAAUAAAAGUCAGGGCUGGCUGUGUGAAUUGCUCCGCUGGAAGGAGAACCCAAGCCCCGAAAACCGCACCCUCUGGGAGAACCUCUGUACCAUCCGUCGCUUCCUGAAUCUUCCCCAGCACGAGAGGGAUGUGAUCUAUGAGGAGGAGUCUAGGCAUCACCACAGCGAGCGUAUGCAGCACGUGGUCCAGCUGCCCCCUGAGCCCGUGCAGGUCCUUCAUAGACAGCCUUCUCAACCAGCCAAGGAGAGCUCCCCUCCCAGAGAAGAAGCACCUCCCCCACCGCCUCCGGCCGAAGACAGUUGUGCCAAAAAGCCCAGGUCUCGCACAAAGAUCUCCUUGGAAGCCCUGGGAAUCCUUCAAAGCUUUAUCCAUGAUGUGGGCCUGUACCCCGACCAGGAAGCCAUCCACACGCUUUCGGCUCAGCUGGAUCUCCCCAAGCACACCAUCAUCAAGUUCUUCCAGAACCAGCGGUACCACGUGAAGCAUCACGGGAAGCUCAAGGAGCACCUGGGCUCCGCGGUGGACGUGGCCGAGUACAAGGACGAGGAGCUGCUGACAGAGUCGGAGGAGAACGACAGCGAGGAAGGCUCGGAGGAGAUGUACAAAGUGGAGGCCGAGGAGGAAACCGCGGAGAAGAGUAAGGCCGCACCCGCUGACGUCGACCAGAGAUAAUGUGAACUCCCGGCGCAGAGCAAUAUGCCGAUCGGUCCAAGGAUUUCUGUUGUAGUUUCUUUUCUUUCAAAAAAAAGAAAAAAAAAAUUUUGGCUCUAUCUUAUUUUUGUCUUUUUUGUGCUGUUUGUUUUGUUUUCCUUGCCCUUGUUUUUGGCCAUUUCUUUGUUGUGCAGGACAGACCUGUAGACUGAAGAAGUUCAGUAUUUCCGAAUCAAACGCCUGCCUUGGCAAAGACCCUCACGUGGUACCCACCACAGACUGGAUGGAGUCCGAGACGCGCGCUGCGGCCGCCGACCCCCCCAGGGGCGCUCACAGAGCAGCCCCGGGCCACACCGCGGGACUGUGGAAGGAUGCUGCGCGUGUGUAUAUGUAUAUGUAUAUAUCUCUAUAUUUACAUAUAUAUAUGAAAAUUGCAUGGGACAGAGAACUUUACAAUCUGAAAGAAUAGACUGUGAAAUGAGUUCUUAAAGCAAAGACUUGUUUAUGUAUUAAAAACAAACAAACAAAAAACCACUUCAUGGUGAGUCGCUUUGGCUUUUUGAUAAACUGCGGCCUGCUCUCAGGGCAGGGUGACUAUUUUUGAAUCCCUAUUUAUUUUUGAUGUUUGUCCCUGAUUUUUUUUUUUUAAUUUUAUGGCUUCCUACCUGGCAGCUUGAUGGGUAAUUUUUGAGGUAUGUAUUUAACAAAAUAAAUUUUACACUGCCAAAAAAAGAAAAAGGAGGGAAAGAGAGACAAAGAAAGAAAAGGGGUGGGGGCAAAAUCAGGGCACCUUAGAAAACGAUACAAGUGAAAUGACUCUUAAAGACACAAUGCACACUUAGGAGGAGGCGGCGCGUUCCGUUAAUCACCCUCUCCUUCUGGAGCGGUGGAUCGAGGCCUUCCGCAGGAGCUCCCGAGGGAGCAGAGUUGAAGCCCCACGCAGACCACGCCUGUCUACGACUGCCGGCGGGGUCCAGCGACCUGGGCAGAGGGAUUCAUAGUAUGAGCCACAUUUUGUCGUGAAAGUUACUUACCUGCUCGUCACGGCUUCAAAUCUUACAAGUCUAUAAGCCUGCUCAUUUUUAAAUUGUUGGUUCUUGCUGGGAUUUCCUUUUUGAAAAUUUUUUAUUUGCUUUCAUAAACAAUAGUUCUGUAUAUUGUUCAGUGCGUGACUGCCCGGUUUUAGGGACUUCCUCUCAAAUAUCGCUCUGUCCUGUCCUCCCCCAAAUGUUUCUCAUUUCUGUUUCACUUUGGCCUUCCUCGGCUGUCGGCGUUCUGUCCACGCAGCAAACAUUUUCAAUCCCUGAGCUCCCAAGCCUGCAUCCCUUCGCCUGGGAUGGAUGGCCUAACACGAACCUGUUUCGGAAUCAUGGUGCAGCUCCAGGCAAUAGAGCAUAAGCAAAGCGGUCUCAGUGGAAUCACCUACUCGUCCUAAUCGGAAACAUUUCCCCAGUCCCCUACAUAGCAAGUACCUUACAUAAAGCAGAACUAAUGCUGACUGGCUGUUCAGCAGAAGGAGCAUUCAAGCUGCAAUCGGCGAUAGCUUUCCACCCCUUUCUUAGCUGCUUAUCAGAGCCCCCCACAGCAUUACUCAGUAGUAACUGCCAGAGGAGACCUCACCUUCAGAACUGGCCUGCGCACCCUGCCCCCCUUCACUCGGAAUGGCCAGCAGACAGCCCCACCGGUUCGGAUUUUUGUUUUUGUUUCUCGUUGUGUUUUGAGUUGUGCUCUCAUGCAACCUUGUCAAAGACCUCAUGCAAUAUCACUUUGAAAGGUAUUUUCUGUUUACUACACAAGCAUUGUAAUAUAACUGUUAAUACUAUUUAUAUAUUUGAAAGGUAUAAAAGGUAGGAGUUAAACCCCCCCCCCCCACACACAAAAAACAGAACCUCUAUGUGUAGAUAUUAACUCAGAACUCACACUACACAGGGAGAAGACACGUUGCAAUACAAGCUACUUCUAGCUGCUCAGUAACCUCUGGAGUUUUUAAAGGGACAUUUUCCUGUACUUUUUCAAAUAACAAUGUUUAAGAGAAACAGUGGGGGGAGAGGCACCGUGAACACAGCCUCCUCUAUGUUUGCAGAAGAGUGGGGGUUUGCCCGUCAGCCCUGGGCCCUCCUUCGCGUCUCUGUAGUAUGCUGCAGCUUUAGUCACAAAGGCCCUGGGGCUGCUUCCUGGUCUCUGAGUUACGCUUUCCAAAUUGUCUUCUUACACUGUUGCUGAAGGUCACUCUGUAUACAUAAUGGAAACGGAUUUUUGCCAAGCUCUUAGGAGGUGGUUCAUAUAUCGGUGGCAUCCACAUUUGGUAUCUUUUACACUUCAACCAAAAAUUUAUUAGGUAUUUUUCAAUGCUAAGUCUUGCCUUUUAUUUUUUAAUUUCACUGCCAAGUUUGCAGUGGUUCUAAGUGAAUCUGUGGGCAUUUUAGCCUGUGGUCUUGCCAGAUCUUUGUGAAUUACAAUGCAUAUAUGUCUAUUUAUUCAAUAUCUGUCAUAUAGUAUCUAUUUGGAAGAAGAAACUUUCUCUUGUAGUGCCUCUUGACAAAGCACAAUUUUCCGCCUUUUUUUGUGAAAUGACAACAACAAAAAAACAAACAAAAACAAAUUGUGUUUUAUUGCGGUAUCAACAAUGUGAAUAAGGAUUAACAUAUUGUAAAUGUUCUUUUUUCCAUGUAAAUCAACUAUCUUUGUUAUCACUAAGUGAUAAUUAAUUUUUAACUUAUGUGCAUUGUUAGGCUGUUAGAAUUUUUUGGUUGUCAAAA